GUCAAGAGCUCCGACAGUGUAUCCAGCACAUCGCACUGUCACUGUGGAACUCAACUCUUCGGCCACAACUUUUCAUUCACUCUCUCAACAUUAAUAAACAAAGUUCCCGCAAUUAAUUGAAAGUAAAUUGAAAAAAAAAUUCUCCCCUAAAUAAAAAAAAUUAAUUCCGUGUGCGAGAAAUCGUGAUAAAAAUCCAGUAAUAAAUACAAGAUUAAAAAGUGAAAAAAAAUCAUGAAGAGUUCCCUGAUCUUGUUUUUGGCAGUUUUAACUGUCGCAUGUGCCGUCAUGGGAUACCCGCAGGAGCGUCUAAUGCCAGAUGGAGGGGCAGUUCCUGAAGACCAGUCUGGCCGUGAGGACUCGGUAGCAGCUGCUUCGGAGGUGCACGCAGGUGACUACGAUGACUCCGACGACUCCGACAUGUACAUGGAGCCAGACGGAGCUGAGUCCGCUCAGGAGGACCCGAAAACAGCGGAUCCUCCGAGCGCGCCAAAGGUUACCCUUUCGGCAGUUUCAUCAGUCACUUCAUCACCGGUCAUCGAGGAGACUAGGGUCACGGCUACAGUAUCAGAGCCCGUCCAGAAUCCAGAGCCAAGGCCGGACGACAGAUCAAUCAUCCCUGACAGUCAGAACUUCUUCCCGUCCUUCGCUGAACUAUUCGCAAAUCAUCGGCUGUCUUACGCUGAGCAACAGCAGCAGCAGAGAUUCCGACCGAAUCGCUUCCUCGGGUACUUCCAGAGGGAUCGCAAUGCUGCUUAUCAAGCAGCUGCAUCCAACGUGAAGGACAACACACAGCACCCACUCCUAGGGUCAGGCAACUUCGGUGUCAUUCGCGGUGGAACUUACUACCCAGAAGACAAGGAAGCGGAGGAGUACUCAGUUGACGAGAGCCUGUACAAUCCUUACUACUCCUCCAACGCAGCCAGAGGUCGGGCCUAUUACCGCAACCCGAAGCCCCAGCCAAUCCGCGAUGGCGACUUCUUCGCCAACUUUCGGGACUUCGCGGACAUCACAGCUCCGCCCAAAUCCAGCUUCUCGCAUCUGUCAGUCGUCUACGCCAACAGAAACGGGACGAAGGGUCGGGCCAACGAACCCAGGAACAUCAUCGAAACCUUGAGGAUGCUUGAGGAACAAGGAGACGAGGAUGCCUACGGGAUGACCACCACCACCGAGACGCCCACCAAGAAGCUCAGUCAGGGCAAGAGGAAACUCAUGAAGAUGAAGAUGUACCAAGAAGACAAGGCCAGAAAAUCACGCAUGACUAAUGUCGAACCACUGCUCGCUCUCAGCUGAGCUGUCUCGAUGAAAAAUCGUAAUGGUUAUUUGAUGCGUGCUAAUAGUCUAUGUGGUACGAGUGUUGAGAGUGCUUCGGGGAUUCAUGUCCCAGCGGAAUCUGGCCUCGAGAGAUCAGAACCAAAGUCUGAAUAAUUUUUCUUCUCUUUUGCAGUUUUUUUUUUUUAUUGGGAUUAAUUGUGGGAAUGCAUGGGCCGAUUCGUUGAAAUUUUGCGGGAGGAGAAUGUAGUGAACUUUUAUCAACUGUUGGAAAAUUCAGCAACCGAUGAAGAAAGCGUACUAUCGUCUUCUCCUCAGCUGGCCAAUCACGAAAAUAUCAUGGACUUGAUUAUUAUUAUUAUUUGUAUUAUUAUAAUAUUAUUUUGUAAAAGUGAAAGUAUCAAUUGGUGGUAUUGAUGAGUGAGGAAGAUUUCUAUUGCUAUGGAAAGUUUUCUGUAGGCCUCAAAAUCAAGGAGAUGGUGAGGAAUUUAUUGGCAUUCCGCAUAUUUUAGUUCAACAAAUUUCUUCACAUCAGUGUAAAUCAUCUAGAUUGAGGAAGGAAAAAGCGGACAAGUUGACAUCGGUCUGGGAUUGCUAUGAAUGGAUAGUUAAGCUGCCAAUAAAUUCCUCUUUCCAGUCGACACUGAAGAUUUUCCGUCAAAUCUUGAGCCCACAAAUUUGGACAUAUCCAAGACUGGUCAUCAUCUCCGUUGAAGCUGUUGGAAAAGUUGUAUCACAACUGGAUCAACAGCUUCAACCCAUUGUUAUGAUUUGUUGUUGACUAUUGUAGUUCUAACUCUAGCGUAACCUAUCAACCAUUCACAGACAAAAUUCUCGGCAUAAUACCAUGGAGCAUUGAAGAAAACAUGUCUCACGAUUAUAAACUUGUCAUGGAGGUGAUAAA